AUGAAUUUCGAAGAGUAUAUUCAAAAAAUGAAACAACAUUAUAAAAUUGUAAAAGUAGAUGAUAACUCAUAUAUGUUGCAUAAAGAUAAGAAAACUUUACUACUUACUCCUUUAAAUAUGUAUACAAUGGAUGAAAUUAGUAAUAAGCUUGAUCUUUUAUAUCCUGCUGUGGAAAAAAAGCCUGUAGAAUUUGCUAAAAAUAAAGGCGAAUGUUCUAAAAAAAUAGGCAGCUUUGGAUAUGUAGGUGAAGAUGACUUGAAUCCUGCAAUAGGAAGAAAAUUUCAUAGACAGAAACGAGGUGCUAUUUUUAAUCCAAAAGAUUUUUUAGAAGAAGAAGAAAGUGAUAAAGGAAUUGAUAAAACAGAUAUUUUCCCUCUAAAAAAUAAAAAAGAUCCUGAUCCAGAUCACUUUAAGCCGCAAGGAGGUGAUGAUGAUAAUCCAUUUUUAUAUUAA